CCACAUAUGGCGCCACCAAUAAAUCGCGAGCGUCCAUAGGCGCAAGAUGAGAGGAGCCCUCCAAAUUCCCAAGGCGGGCCUCGAGUCGAGCCCAAACCCCUUCGCCGCCCCGCCAUGCAGUUCCCCUUCGCCGCCGGCGAUUACCCCGCCGACCAGGUCGACCCCGACUACCUCUACUUCCUCCGCCACAUCCGCCCCGAUGGCGACUCCUACACCCUCGAGCUCCCCUCCGAUGGCGUCUCCCCUCCUUCCCUCGUGAAGUACGAGGCCCCCGCCGACACCGGCAGCACCGACGGCGAGUGCGUCUCCGAUCCCUCCCCUGGCCGCGCCAGCACCAACCGCCCGCCGGAGGAGAAGGAGUCGUCGGUGGAGGUGGACGCCGAGCCUCCUGCCCCCUCCUGGAUCGACUCCCUCGUCGACAUCGACGAGGACUACCGCCUCUUCCUCAAGCACACGCGCGUGGUGAACGACAACAUGGUGCUCGAGAUUGACGGCGCCGUCGUCACCUACCCGUGCGCCGCGUCCUCCGAGAGCAGCAGCGAGGUCGAGGAUGCGCGGGAGAAAGAGGUGGCCAUGGAUUCAGACGAGCCGGUGGUAAUUCUUCCGGACCCAAAAGUAUGCGACUGGGUGGCGGUGGGUGACGCAUCCGUGCGAACAUUAGAUAGUAAGAAGAAGAGGAAGAUGAGUUCAAGCAAUUCCAAUAAUGCCGGCCCUUCCAUCCCCCCGGGGUCACAAGGUGUUAUAUGGCCGGCACAUAUCAACAGUAGACCGGAUUCAGAUUUCAAGCAGAGGUUAUUGGAUGCUCUCAGCAAACCAUUUAGUCGAAAAGAAUAUAUUAAGCUAUUUGACAUGGCUUCUAUUCGUACACCAUUAGUAAAAUUACGGCAGGUGCGCAAUGAUGUAAAGUUCUACCCUACACAGGAAAUGGGAAAUUCAUACUUUGAUCAUUACCCAGAUCUCGUUGACCAAGUUAUGCACACUAGCUUUCCAAAUGGUUUAGCUCUGAUGCGUGGGUUUUUCUUCUGGUUGCAGAAUAAUGCACAUGAAGAUCAAUUCAGGCCAUGGGUUGAUGUUUCUAAAGACCACGAGGUUAUUCCUUUGAUCGAUUGAGAUUUACACAUUGCAGCUGGUCAAACCCUCAAGUCCAAAACAUUAAACAUCUAUUUGCGGGAAUGACUCUCUUAAGGGUGACGUAAUGUCAUCAGCAGAGAUUGUCUCGUAUCUAUAUGGAAUGAGAUAAAUAAAUAUAUUGCCAAUGAUCGAGAAAUAAUUCCCUAUUGGAAUAUGCGCACAUCCUCUUUGCAAAUAAUUUAACAUUGAGUUUUGCCUGUGAAUUUGAGGGCUGGAUUCCAUGUUCUACCUGAUCUCACCAUCAUAAAGCAAUAAAGCAGUGGUGUUAUUUCAA